AUGUUUCCGGACAUUUGUUUUCCUGUUCAAGCCGUCAUCCCUCACAAAACUUCGUGGACACAGAAGUGGGCCGCUUUCAGACGCUGGAUUGGAGCAGAUCGCAGGAAACCCCCCAGACCAGAAGCCAACAGAGGUGCUGUAGAAACACGAGAACAUGUUUGACUUUAGUGUCCUCUUCAUCCCUCUGUGUCUCUGUGUGUCUGCUGGAGCUCACCGUGUUAUUUCUGCAGGAUCAUCAGAGUCUCAGCUGUCUGACAGCAGUAAUGCAGCUCCGCCUGCAGAGGCACAGAGGUCACAAGAGGUCAAGAUCUACAUCCCCUAUGAGUCAGCUGAACUCUACAUCACUCAGGUAAAACUCUGACCUCUCUGAGCGUGACGGUCUGAUCAGGUCUUUUUAAAGAAAGAAGGUGUUUCCUCUUUUACUUCAGGGUCAGUUCAGUCCUUGUUUCUGCUUUCUACUGGUCAGUGUGGUUUAUGCUAACUAAAAUUUCCACAGGUCCACUUUUGUUUCACAUCAGAGUUUUUACAGAGUACUCGAACUCCACAGUUGAGUAUAACUUUUACAGCACAAACACACACAAUAGAGCGCCUGUUUGAGACUCCGCCCUCUUCUGGCUCACUCUCACAUGCUGACCUCAUGGUGCUGGUGUGACCCCGGAGGGCGUUUGAUCAUCAUUUAUUUAUUUAUUUAACCGGGUAAUAAUCCAUGAAGAGCUUGCUGUAAAUAUGACCUGAUCGAGUGCUGCUGAUAGUAAACAACGAUAGACUUUCUCUGAGACGUUAAGAUCGGUGAGACGUUCACUUGAGAAAAACAAAAACUGAGUUUGAAACAAGUUUAAGUUUCUGCUGAUGAGACUGAACAACAUGAAAGUCUGUAAAAACUCAGAUAAUGGUGUCAUCAGUAUCAGUAAGGUAUUUAAUAAGUUCUCAUAUAGAAAAUGAAUGAAGACAGAAAAUCAAACAGGACCCAGGACCAUGAGAAAGCCUACUCUGGACUACCAAGGGGUCAUUUGACAUUUAUUACCUGACUUUCUAGCCAAUCACCUGAAUGUGUUGGAUACUUGAUUCUUAUUGGUCAAAACUCCUGAACUACAACAGGUGAACUCUGCACAGCAAAACCAACGCCAGAAAAGAGUUAUAUCAAAUCAAGGCAGACGUUUGUUUCCGUUAGCGUACAGUUGGAUAUGCAGACAGUUGGAUAAACAUUGUGGAUAUUCUAUUAUUUCAUCUCUCAUCAUGAUCGUAGCUCCACCACCAUAAACAUCUGUGUUCAUCUCUGUAAUUUAUCUCUGAAUUAGCAGGUAGGAUCUGUUAAAACGCCAGAGGCAGUUUUUUUUUCCCACGUGGCGGUGAUGUUUACGUUCCUUCAAACGUGUUAACAAGUUGGACGUGUUUCCAGCUUCAUUGUUGACUGACGGUGUCGGGACACUGAGUUUUGUUCCUCCUCUGAGCAGAUCGCUGAAGACAUGGAGACCAUGAAGAGGAAACACCUGGAGAUGGUUCAGGAGCUGGAGGAGAACUUUCAGGUCACCGCGCGAGAGAAUCAGGUAUCUGCUGUGUGUGUGUGUGUGUGUGUGUGUGCGUGCGUGCGUGUGUGUGUGUGUGUGUGUGUGUGUGUGUGUUAAAUCUUGUCCUGUGUGGUCAGGAGUGGACCGUGCAGAGGAUCAGAUCUCACCACCAGAACAAACUGAACACUCUGAGGAGGAUCCUGGACGUCUAUCAGCAGAAGGUGGAGAAGAAGGAGGAGGACUGGGAGAGGAGAGUCUCGGUCUGUAGAGUUUGUUCUUCAGUCUCUCCCUCCAUCACUCCUCUGUCUUUCUCUCCUCCUCUGUCUCUGAUCUCCUCCCUCCUGCUCCUCUGGCACACUCUGUUCUAACUCGUGGUGACGUCACGUUGGUGUGCAUGUUACAGAUUAUAUAUCUCAGCCGUUAGAUGUUGUUUUUUUCUCUUUGGAGCGUAUAUAUAACCGUCCUCGCCUGGUUGUGUUUCCUGCAGGCCUUGACGCUGCAGAUCGAGCGGCUGCAGGAGGAGCAGAGAGCGGAGAGGAGGAGGAGUAAAGAGGAGGCCCUGCAGUGGCACAGAGAGAAGGUUGGAACAAAUCUGGCAGGCCUUACAUACUCAUGUCUCUCUCUGUGUUACAGCGCCCUCUUGUGACCACUUUGAAUACAACUUUAGACUUUUCUGACACCGUGACUUUGCUCUCAUUUCCCCUUUCAGAGUAAAAUGCUGGAAGUUUUCUCCAACAGGCUGGACGUCCUGCACAGCCACCAGGCCUCCAGUGAGUCUGCACACCUUUACGACACGAACACCUGCAGGAUCCUUCACCUGUUCAUGUCACAUACCUCUGCUCAUUUCCUGUGAAUCUGAGCAGCGAUACAGGAGCUCCAAAUGGCCCGACAGGAAGUGGGAAAAGUCCAAGAGAUGUUGUUGGUGUCAGCGCAGGAGCAGCAGGAAGCAGCUGAGGAGGAAGGUGGAAACUCCGGGGACAAAGGAGAGCAAGAGUCAGCGGUGGGUUUGAGUCAGUGACGGUAAUCUGCAGCAAAUACGAGACACAAAUACUGUCAGAUUAUCAAAGUUUAUAAAGCAGGAAACAGAAACCUCCUGUGGACCAACAGUAGAAUAUAAAUUAUACUACUACUAUUAAUAAAAACACUGACUUUACACGUUUUAAAACACAAAGUCCUGAAACAUCCAAGCAUGAAUAUAAACAAGGACAAAGAAAGAGCCCAGAAGAAACAGAGAAAUAAAUAAAUCUCAGCACCACGACCUGAACCUGAACAACUCAAAGCAACACUGAAUAUGAUAUAUGAAAUGAAAAGCCCAAAAACAUAAAGUGAGACCAGGAGGACCAACAAAGUGAUAUCAGGUUAGAAACAGCAGAGGGAAAUAGAAGGAAUCGAUUUAAUGAAUUAGAAACAACAAAAAACAAUCAAACCUGUUCACUGAGUUUAAAUGUGUAAAUAUGUCGCUGUGAUUUUUGUUGAACUGACCCUUUAAAGUGGGUUCAUGUGCAGGCCUGCCAUGACUCAGACCAGCCACUGGAGGGCGCUAAAGCUCGCCUGGAGGAGCUGAAGGAGAGUUUAUAUCAGAGGGAGAGAGAGCUGACGGAGCUGCUGGAGGCCGAGAGGAGCCCCGUCCCCCCCGUCCCUCUGCCCCCCUGCAGCGUCCUCCUGCCGACACUCAUCCAUCAGGUGUUUGACCGUCGGACAGAUAAACUCCCACGUCUGUGCUGCUGAAAAACUCCAAAUACUCUCAGAUACGACCCUUUCUGGUUCCUUCUCCUCUCCAGGCUCACACUGUCUGCACUGCAGCGGCUGAGACCAGAAACCUUCUGGUCCAGAUGAUUGAGGAGAACCGGCUCGCUCUGGUCGAGGCCAAAGACCAACUGGACCGUCUACAGGUGGUUAAAGGAGGCGGAGACAACAGAGAAGAUGAGACUGCUGACCAAGAAGGGUUAGAGAUCAUCCAUGAUCUAUGAUUUAUUGGUUUAUCUACAUGAAGUCUGACCCCUCCAGGAACAGGUUCAGUUUUUGUGCCUCAUCCGUCUGGUUUCUCUGCUCUUCUCAGUUUCGAUGAAUCGAGUUUGUCUUCACUCCAAGAAACAGUGCGAGGGUUUGAGAUCUGUCUCUUGGCGUUGGACUUUAUCAGAAGUGGAGAGAGUCCCCACAUGAACGGUGAAUAAAUGUCUGUUUAACCAGCUGAACAUGCAGCGCAGAGAAAUCAACCAAACAAUGAAGUUUCACACCGAGCAUCAGGAGUCCUUUGACUAUCAGACGCCACAUUUAUCACUCCUCCCUGUGCGUCAGAUUAACAGCUGCUGUGAACAUGAAUAUCAAGAUUUCUUUAUGUCUGUUGUGGUCAGACAUCGAUGACGUCUCAGAGCUGGAGGACAUUUUGGGACGAGGGACGAGUCGAGCCGCAGACGGAGUUAAGAGCGUUGGUCAGCAGCUCCUCCUGUUACAGGAUCAGGUCAGUUUUCUGUCUCUGAAACAAAGAUGGUGGUUAUAAGAAGCUGCUCCUGGUACUCCAACAGAAAACCUUUCUCCUUUCUUCUGACGCGUCUCGUCUGCAUCUUCAACUGAGAUUUUUAGACUUUUUUGUGUCGUAGAUCUGAAUAAAUGUUUUUAAUGAAUUCAUGUUUGUUCUGUUUUUUCAAGCUGAAGCAAAUUAAAGAGGAGAAGAAGAAGAUCAUUGAGAACUACACGACAGAGAGGACUCUGAGGAAGAAGUACUACAACAUGGUGGAGGACAUGAAAGGUAGACUGAGUCAACUUCAGAGUGAGACCAUCAACCCUCAAAUGUAGGACUUUGAUUUUACUCCUGAAGGUUUUAAAUCCUCCAGGCCGGCCUUGAAAAUCUUGUGAUGGUCUUUAUUUGAGGGUUCAAGGACAUUCAUCGAUGUCUUUUUCUUGUUCAGGUAAAAUCAGAGUCUUCUGUCGGAUUCGACCCGUGAGCAGAACUGAGGUCGCCCAGGGUGACGCCGUCGUUUUGGAGAAACUCGACGAUUUCUCGGUAACGGUUGAAACUCCUCGUGGGCAGAGAGAGUUUCAGUUCGAUAAAGUGUUCAGCGCUGAAGCGUCUCAGGAGGAACUGUUUCAGGACACCCACAGGUGAGGACAGGGCCCGACACGGGAUCUUCAGAGGUCUACAUGAAAGUAAAUCCAAAUGUGUAAGAACAUAAAAACACGUACAUAGUGAUACCCAGUUUAUGCAAAUGUUAAGUACAGUCACCUGUGUAACUUUAAAGGGAUAUUUCACAAUUUUUGAGGUGAAGUUGUUUGAGUUUGUUGUUGAGAGUUUUAGUCACAAAAGAUAAAGGACCCUUAUAUAUGAGAACCUGCUGUAGACCGAGCUGGACUCCAGUCUGUGCCGUCAAACUGAGCUCAUUUUUAGAGACUCUGACCCGAACUCUCGUCUCGGUUUAAGUGUUUUUUUUUUUUAGCACUUUAACAUCGGAAGGGGAAUUUAUUUUUGUCUACUUUGCAGGUGAAACACAGCCGUGCUCGUCUGAUCAGCUGUUUGGUCGAGUCGACGUGUCUGCAGAAAACUGUAGCCUAGCUUGCAUAAAGGUUCUCUACAGUACCUUAUUAAAGGGUCCACCCUUUGUAGAUAAAACUAUUACUACUGUAACUUAUACAGUCUCACUUCAAGAACAGUGAAAUAUCCCUUUAAUAGUUCAAUAGACUCUUAUUAAAGAGUCACGUGGAGCUGUAGCUCAGACCCAGCUCAGGGUGUAUUUCCUCCACAGGCUGAUCCAGUCGGCUCUCGAUGGUUUCAACGUCUGCAUCUUCGCCUACGGUCAGACAGGAUCGGGGAAGACCUUCACCAUGGUGGGGGACAAAGAGCAGAAGAACCUCGGGGUCAUACCGAGAUCUUUUAACGCCAUAUUUGAUUUCAUCCAGGAGAACAGCACCAAGUUUGACUUUAAGGUAACAGACAGGAGGUCCUGAGUGGAGGAGGUGAACAGAUCUGAUCUUCAGGUUAGAAACUUCUCCCCCGUCCUCCUCUGUGCUCCUCAGGUCUCGGCCUACAUGCUGGAGCUCUACAACGACAGGCUCCAGGACCUCUUUGUGAGCCAGGCCGGAGAGGCCCACGUUCAGCCUCAGUCCCACAGCCAGGCCAGGCGAGUGGAGAUCAAGAGGAACAGAAAGGGGGUUGUGUUCGCACAAGGAGCAGAGACAAAGGAGGCUUCUAGUGCGCAGGAGCUCUACGCUCUGUUUCAGCAGGCCUGCGCCAACCGACACAUCUCCGCCACCAGUGAGUCCCCAGUACCGUGCCACGGCGCCCAGUUCAUACUGGCCCCUGCUAAAUGGUUUGGAUUAAUUGUGUUACUUACAGUCAGUGUGAGGGGACGGCAGAAGGUACAUCAUUACUGAGAGCUGCCAAGAAGAGGAUCAGCAGGAAGAGGAGGAUCUUUGUUUGAUGGAGAUCUGCAGAUCAUCUACAAGAUUUAGUCAAAGUUCAGGUGAUGGAGGGUUACUGAGAGCGACUCCAUCAGAUCAGAGUCACAGUUCAGGUCCGUUAAAACUCAGUGAACAUCAACUACCUUCUCACUCCAGUUUCUCAUGUGCUGCAUUUAAAUAAGACAGUCUGUAAUUAACUGGAACAUUUCUGUCAGAAAAACCAAAGUGCUGCACGAUAUCCUCCCUGUUUCUGAGGGGACAGUAACUGCACAGAGUUCAGGCUGUGGAGGGAAUAACAGCUGAUUUUAUACGAACACUAUGAUGUUGAAAUAAACUAAGGCCCGAACUACACGUAUAUAGAUAUUUAUUUAUCAGGAUAUUUUUGUACUCCCGUCUAAAUAAAUGUAUCUGUCCACACGUGUUAGUUCUCAAAAAUAUCUGCGUCCACACGUAGCCUUCGAACUCAAUCCUAUCUGGUGCCGCUUAAAAAAACAUUCAGUAACAAAGCUACCUGAUUGGCCGAUGAAUCGUAACAGCGUGAUGCGUCAUGCAUUGUUUGCGGAAGCUACGCUAGUGCGUCGAAUCCAUGUGACGGACCAUGUGACCAAUAAAAGUAUUGGCUGCAGCAGACGCGUCUGUGAGCUGGCUGACUGCUCGAUGUAAUUGUAUAAAACAAGGUUCACUUGCAAGGCUGAAAUUAGCCCCAAAAGGACAAAACAAGCGUAAAGAAUACCCUGUCUGUCCGCCAUCAUUGUUGUUGUUGUUUUUCUUUUUAAUUCGCAUGCGCGAGCUGCGAUUUGACGUCAUCGAUCCGUAAAAGUCCAACCACACGAAUCCACUACGGAUACGGGAUACAGAUAUUUUUUUAUUUCUCCACUUGUUUUUCCGGAUUCAGAUUUAUCCGGUUUGAGUGUUCCAAACUCCCGUUUUGGUGUGGUAGGGAGGCCUAAUCGGACAUUAAUAAGUGCGGUUUGAAAUAUAUCCGCAUUCGUGUAGUUCGGGCCUAAGAUGAAUUCACAAGGAUACUGUCCAGGGUUCAUCAGAAUACAGGGGAACUCAGCUGAUGUGAAAGUGUUCAGACCUGUGGUUCCUGAGAGGCCGGCUGCAGAAUCACUAAACGUUCAAACACUCUGGUCCAAAGUACGGCGUUAGUUUUCACAGCUCAGUUGUUGUAAAAGAACACAGUACAUGAGGAGUGAAUUUUCAUUCGUGUGUUUGUGGAUGUUGUAGAGGCAUGGCUGCUUUAAAGAUCCGGGUCUUGUUGUAAAAAUCGCAGAAGUUUUAAUCCCUUCAGGGUCUUUUUUUUUUUGUGUUGUUUGCUUCCCAAGAAAUGAACGUGGAGAGUUCUCGCUCUCAUCUCAUUGUUGGCAUCAUGGUGGAGAGCAGGAACCUGACCAACGGGAGCGUGAGCACUGGGAAGCUGAGUCUGGUGGAUCUGGCAGGCAGCGAGAGAGCGGCCAAGACCGGUGCCAAGGACCACCAGCUGAAGGUUUGUUCAUACGUUACAUCAGUACUGGACCAUGGAAGUAUCAGACAUCCUUCAUGGAUCCUUUAAACUCUCCUCUCCUCCGGCUGCAGGAGGCGAACUCUAUCAACAAAUCUCUGAGCGCUCUGGGGGACGUGAUAUCGGCGCUGUCGGCGGAGCUGCCACAUGUGCCGUACAGGAACAGCAAACUGACUCAGGUGAUGAAGCUACCUGUGAUUUUAUCCACUGAAACAUUAGAGGUCAGUCCAAGGUGAUGCAUGUGUGUCGUCUCUCUCAGGUGAUGCAGGACUCCUUGGGUGGAAACGCCAAAACUCUCAUGAUCGUAAACAUCUCUCCAUCAGAGGGAAACCUGGAGGAGACCCUCACGUCUCUAAUGUAGGAGAACGAGACAGAAACCUUCAUCAGGUAUUUAGUUCUGAACUCCAAAGUAAACCUGGACUCUCUGAACCUUCCAGAUAUGCAACCAGAGUGAAAGCCAUAACCAACAACGCUCAGAAAAACGUGGACAGCAAAGAGAUCGCACAGCUGAAAGAGGUGAGACUGAGGCUGAAAAUACAAGUUUAUAUGUUCAAGUACGAUUAAAUACAAACAGCUGUUUCUGUUCUUCAGGUGAUCGUGAAGCUGAGGUCAGGACAGACGGUGGAGGAGGAGGACAUUUAA